AUGGCGGGCCAAGGAGUCACGCCAUAUCUCAUCAUUCUCAUCGCCAUCUCGACUCUUGGAUCCCUCCAGUUUGGCUUCCACUUGGCCGAGCUCAACGCACCCCAAGACGUCAUCACCUGCCACCGCAAAUCCGUCUCGACCGUCGCCCGCCUCGCCCGCUUCCUCACAUCCGUCCACGACACCCACGAUGGCGUCGACGACUGCAUCCCCAUGGAUGAGGCCGCUUUCGCCACCGUCUCGUCCAUCUUCACGGUCGGCGGCCUCAUCGGUGCCCUGGCCGCCGGCCCCUUCUCUUCCCGCCGCGGCCGCCUGCUCGCCAUGCGCGUGACGGCCCUCCUCUUCAUCGCCGGUUCUACCAUCGAGUCUGUCGCGCACAGCGUCUUCAUCAUGGCCCUGGGCCGCUUCCUUUCCGGCAUUGGGGCCGGCGCGGCCACCGUCAUUGUGCCGCUCUACAUCAGCGAAGUCUGCCCGCCCGACCAAAGGGGUUUCUUUGGCUUCAUGACGCAAAUAUCCAUCAAUGUCGGCAUCCUCAUCACCCAGACGUUGGGCUUCUUCCUCAGCUACGGGAGUGCCUGGCGAUGGAAUCUGGGCAUCGGAGCCUUUAUCGCCGCGGCGCAGGCCCUUGGAUUGCUGAUUGUCCCUGAAAGCCCGGCUUGGCUCGCUGCGCACGAUAACGUGGCUGCAGCAAACAAGACGCUGCAGAGGAUCCGCGGCCACGCUGCUGCUGCAAGUGAGGAGGGCCAAGGCUGGAGUCCAGAUACUCCAGGCGCUGCCGAGGAAGAACGGGGCCUCCUUGCCCAAGACGCCGAUGCAGACGACGUGCCUCCGCCCAACGCCACGUCGGCCAAGAACGAGCCCGUUCACCUCGGCUUCCUACAGGUCGUCCGAGAUCCCAACACACGGCCCGUCAUCAUCGCUCUGGUUGGCAUCAUGUUCGUGCAGCAGCUGUGCGGCAUCAACUCCGUUGUCAUGUACUCUGUCUCCCUGCUUGCCGACUUGUUGCCCAUCUCCUCUGCGCUGCUCAGCAUCCUAGUCUCGCUAGUCAACCUGAUCACGACCGUGGCCUGCUCCCCGUUGCCGGACCGUCUGGGACGCAAGGCGUGCCUCUUAAUGUCUAUUGUAGGCCAGGGCAGCAGCGCGCUUGUGCUGGCCCUGUCCAUUGUCUUUGGCUUCAAGGUCGUGUCAGCCUUUGCCGUGCUCUUCUUCGUCGCCUUCUUCGCCGUGGGCCUGGGGCCUGUGCCUUUUAUCCUGGCGUCGGAGCUCGUCGGCCAGGAAGCUGUUGGCGCGACGCAGAGCUGGUGCUUGGGAGCCAACUACGUGGCAACCUUCCUGGUGGCACAGUUCUUCCCCAUCGUCAACAAGGCCCUCAACUCCUGGCUAGGCGGCCAUGGUGGUUGGGUGUACUUUAUCUUUGCCGGCAUUGCUGCCCUUUCCUUUGUGUUUGUGACUUGGUCGUUUAGGUCUCUGCGUUUUCAUGGUGCUACCGGUAACUGAAGUGACUUGAGCGUGAGCAUGAGCGUGAACAUUUGGCUGAACUACUCUGGCGUUUGGUGACUUGGGGACUAGAUUGACUCUUUUAAGGUUCUUCACGUUUAUUGCUUUGCUAGAUUUUGUCAGAGUCGUGGCCAAUGGGACCUACAGUCGACUGGAAUCACAUGCGUGUAAUCAGGAAUUUAUGGGCUUUGGAGUUUGGGAAGCCAUUGGUGGCGAGACACAUGCUUACGCCUCAUACUGCUCCGAACAUCUUUCAAUAUCAGGAUUCCUGUUUCUCGUUU